AUGCUCCGCCCAGCACUCCAUCUCCGUGUCCCAUUAAAACCCUGCCUCCCCACCAGCACCCCCACCCGCGCCUUCACCCUCUUCCCCUCUACCGCCCCCUCCAAAAAUCGCAUCUACGAUCCAAUCCGGCAACCCGGCGACCUCCACACCCUAACUCUCCUCUGCGCCGCCAACAACCUCCCACUCGUCACUUUCUGGAGCGCUACAUGGUGUCCUUCCUGCCAAACAGUCAAGCCACUCCUACGGCGGCUCAUCGAAGAAGAAAAGGUAGGAGAGAGCGAGGGAGGGCUGGGGUUUGCAGAGGUGCUGAUGGAUUCGACGUUGAUUGGGGAUUUACCGGUGACAUACCGCAUUAGUAGUAUGCCUACACUGUUGGCGUUUGCGAGGCAGGAGGCGCAAUUUGAUGGGAGGGUUGUGAGGCCGGAGGAUAUGAGGAGUGAAGAGUUUUUGAGGAGGUGGUUGGAGGGGGUUGCUAGGAAAGGGGGUACGAAAGCCGAUGGGGAGGAUGAGGCGGGAAGGCAGAAGUAA